AUGUAUCUGAUAUAUCGCUUUUUUACUAGCAUAAUUUUUGCGAUGAUAAAUGCGACUAUUGUGUUGUAUAUGUGUCAACGCUUUUUCCGAGUGAUGAGAGCGCAUUAUCGAAUUAUGGCCGAAGCUGAGAGAUUUAAUUCAGUUAUUUCUGAGUCACGUGCAAGUCUCAAUUACAUUAGCUCGAAAAUAUCUGAAGGAAUGGAUCAGAUGAAGGAAGAUAUUGCCAAAGAAUUAUUCAUUACCGAUCAUUUAACGAAACUUAAUUCGAGAGUAAGCCUGUUAUUGCAACGUUAUUCCGAAUUGGAAGAAGGAUUAAUUGAGCUAGUAAGAAUGAAUCAUAAUAUGAAGAGUGUGCGGAUUGAAACUCCAAUUGACAUCAACGAGGAAGUCAAGUGCAUUCUUAUGGCGGCAAAAAAAAAUCAAUCACAGCAGCAGCAACAGUCAGAUCAUCCUCGAACACCGACGAAAUUGCGGACAUCAACAAACACUUCUACAGGAGCGAAGGAUCCUCAGCCGCAUAAUUUCGUCACGAGUUCGAAGUUCCUUACGUCGCAAUCAUAUGAUACCGAUAUCUCAAAUGUAACAUUUGAGAAACAAGAAAGACGUGCGCCUGCAUAUCCGGAAGUUCAGCUAUUGAACGAUCCAAGACCAGCAGUUGAUAUAAAAGCCAUUGGUUUUCGACCAUCCUGGAAGUGCGAAACUUAA